UCCAUCAAAAUUGAAAAUAGAGAAAAAUACCUAGCAAGACUUGAUAUUGAACGUCACAGUGAGUACUCAGACCUGCUACAGCACUUAUGAGAGAAGUUUCAUGUGCCAAAUCCAAAGAGAUAUAUGCUCAUUAAACAUCCAGACCAAAUCGUUGAUGAUCCCAAGAUGAUUCCUGAUAAUUCACAGUUGUUACUGAUAAGAUCUAGGGACUACCAAGCUCACAAGUCUAAGGAAUUACGAAUCUGGCUUGAUGCCUUCAUGCUGAAGAAGAGAGUCAGGAAAAGUUAUGAACUCAAAAUCAUAGAAACAGAAGACGCUUUGAAGCAGUACCAACAUAAAGUUCCAAUAAAAACACUAAAUUGAGUAGAAAAUGUGUUAAAGUCUGAUUUCGCCAAGAAAAAUGCAGUUGAUUCUAACCUAAAAAAUGCAGAGAUUUUGCAUUGUACUCCUGAGUUAUUUUUUUGAGCAUAAGAAAGACAAAUCUCAUCCUAUCCAAUUAACUACCACUUAUCAAAGAUCGAGUGUACGAAAGAUCUGAGUGCCAAACCAGCAUGUGAAGCACAUUGCCUACAGGAAUAUCUACAUAAAUGAUAUUGAAAUCCAGACUCCUGAUAUGGAAGACUUCUGAACCCAGACUAUUCAUUGUGAAAACUACGAAGAUCUUGGAGAAACUGUUCGUAUCCUAUGUCUAAUGAAAGGUUUCAACAUUAUAUUCCCCAGAGGUGAUAAAUACGAAACUAUUCUGUACUGGUGAGAGUGUUACGGUGACCGUAAAGGUGUACAAUCUACAAAAAGGACUGGGUGUGACUUCAAGCUCCAGUACGAACGGACUCCUGACAAAAAAGGAUAUUUCUUAUACAAAUACCAAAGUUCGCAUAACCAUCCUCUUGAAGAGAGGAAUAUGUACCUUGGUGACUACGCUUUCCAGAAAAUGAAAGUUAUCUCUAGAGAGCUAAGAAAGGUUGCUCUGAACCCUCAAAAUAGUGUCAAAAUGGAGAAGCUGAAGAAUGAUUCAGUUGACCCUCGAGAAGACUACAACUAUGAUCAAGAAUAUGAAGACUUUAUUAAUGGAAUCAAACCUGUAGAGGAUAUGAGAGUUCUCCGAUCUUUCAACCGAUGUGUAUAUAAUAGAAAGCAUAUCAGAAUCGAUGCUGCUUGCAAAACAAGAGCUUUCCAGAAAUAUGAGCGCGAUGAUAUUCAAGAUAUUGACCAAGAAGGUAUCGAAUCCUCUCAAAAUAUGGCAGGAGUAUACACUAAUGUCAAGACAUAUCCCUUCUUUCCUGAUUCUUCUAACAGGCACCAAACAAUACUCCACUGAGCCCAGGAGUUUGAGCUUGAAAUCCUUGCAAAGCAUUACAAAAGAGAUCUUACUGAGGUUAUUCUUGAUCUCGAAGAGGACUCUUUUGAGAAGUACAAACUAGCCCAACUUUCUCGUAAAAAGGACAAAAUUGAGCCAAAAAUUAUAGAAAUACCAAAUAAAAACCUGAGCAACAUCGAAGCGAAGCAGAAAUAUAUGAAACUUAACCAGAUCUCUCACAAGGUCAGCCCGUAUUGAAUCUAUGAAGUUACUUCAGAAUGGGAUGAUGCCCAAGAUGGGCCUCCAUGAGACUUCUUAGCUGAUACAAUGCCUACCUACGAAAUCGAGGGCGAAUACUAUAUUCCCUCAAAAACUGUCACCAGAAAGAUGAAGAAAGAAGAGUCUGUUGAAGAAGCCGAGAAUAAGGAGCCAGAGACAGAUAGUAACAUCAGCUCUAUCUAUGAUGAAAAGAGUGAUAUUAGCUUAAAAUCUGGAUCUGAUGCUGCUAAUGACUAUUCUACACGUCCUCGAUUAUCAAAGGACAGCAUUGACAUCUAUGCAGACCUGGAUACCGAAAUCAUGAAUGAUGUACAAGGAAUAGAGUCCAACAACACUGUCAUCAAGAAGAAAUCUAGACAGACCAAAUAUGAUGUUUCCAAAGAGCAGGACAUUAAAGAUGAGCCUGAAGUCAGAUUUUUUAAUUAAACUAAUUACCCUAAACUUUCAACAAUCUUUU